AUGAAACAGAUCUAUCUAUCUAUCUAUCUAUCUAUCUAUCUAUCUAUCUAUCUAUCUAUCUAUCUAUCACACUAUCUAUCGCAGUCUGUUUAUAUCUAUCUAUCUAUCUAUCUAUCUAUCUAUCUAUCUAUCUAUCUAUCACAGUCUGUUUAUAUCUAUCUAGCUAUAUAUUUAUGUUCAUAUCUAUCUAUCUAUCUAUCUAUCUAUCUAUCUAUCUAUCUAUCACAGUCUUUUUAUAUCUAUCUAGAUAUAUAUCUAUGUUCAUAUCUAUCUAUCUAUCUAUCUAUCUAUCUAUCUAUCUAUCUAUCACAGUCUAUUUAUAUCUAUGUAGCUAUAUAUUUAUGUUCAUAUCUAUCUAUCUAUCUAUCUAUCUAUCUAUCACAGUCUUUUUAUAUCUAUCUAGAUCUAUCUAUCUAUCUAUCUAUCUAUCUAUCUAUCUAUCUAUCUAUCUACACAUAUACAGAUACAAAUCUAUCUAUCUAUCUAUCUAUCUAUCUAUCUAUCUAUCUAUCUAUCUAUCUAUCUAUCACUUAUCUCACUCUAUCUUAUCUGUUAAUCACUAUCUCACUCUAUCUAUCACUCACUCACUCACUCACUCACUCACUCACUCACUAUCUAUCUAUCUAUCUAUCUAUCUAUCUAUCUAUCUAUCUAUCUAUCACUUACUCAAUUUUUGUCUGUCACUCAUUCGCACUCUCUAUCUCUCAGUCCCCCUCACUUUCUCACUCUCUCUAUCUCCACUCACUCACUCAAUCUAUCUAUCUAUCUAUCUAUCUUAGCGCUGAUAUAUUUGUUUAUUUCUGCUUUUAUAAAAUACCUAUCUAUCUAUCUACAUCCAUACCUAUCUAUCUUUUUUUCACUGUGUUCCUAUCUAUCUAUCUAUCUAUCUAUCUAGUGGACCGAAUUCGUCUCGGAAUCCACAACACUAUCUAUCUAUCUAUCUAUCUAUCUAUCUAUCUAUCUAUCUAUCUAUCUAUCUAUCUAUCGCAGUGUGUUCAUAUCUAUCGGUCUAUCUGUCUUGGUACAACAAGACUACAUCCCAGAAUAUCCUCACACCAUCUAUCAUUGAAACCAUCUAUCUAUCUAUCUAUCUAUCUAUCUGAUAUUUUAUUCACAUCUAUCUAUCUAUCUAUCUAUCUAUCUAUCUAUCUAUCUAUCUAUCUAUCUAUUACAGCAAAUAUACAAAUUUAUAUAAAACCAUAA